AUGCAAAAUCAUUAAAUCAUAUGCCCCAUCGAAGGACAUCAAUUGGCUUAAUUAUUUUGCUUAAAUAAAGAUUGUAAAGAUAAUAGGAUUUACUGCAUCUAAUGUAAAUAAAAAGGAUAUCACUCUUCUCAUCUAAACGAUCUAUAAUGUAUAGAUUGCUUAGAGAAGCACUUCUUUAAAAUUAGACAGGGUUGUGAUAAGUUAAUAAAUGAACUGGGUUUGAUGAUUAGGGAGAUAGAUGAAUUAUCUGCUAAAUUAUUUUAAGGAUUGAAGACAAAAUAUUAAAUAUCUAUAGAGAGACUGAAGCAAUUAGAUUAAAAGCAAAUGAAUGAGGUAUUGGAAUAAAUAGCAUAAUUUGAUGAAAUUCAAAAUGAUAUUCUGGAGAAGGUCAAAGUAUGUUCAAAGAAUAUGAUCAUCUAAUUGUAGGAAACAAUUUAAGUACUCAAACUAUAAGAUUUAAAUAAUGAACGCGAGAUAAUUAAAUAGGAAUAAGGAGAUAUCUAAAUAUUCAAUUAAAAAGAUCAUCAAAUAAUUAAUUCAGAUUAUGCAAAUGUUAACUAUGAUGCAAUAAUAAAAUUGUUAGAUAACAAAUUAUUUAUUAAUUAGAAUUACUAGUAAUCAUUUCUUAUAAAAGGUAUUAUAACCAACAUCACAUACAUUAGCGCUGUUUUUAAGCUAAAUUGGAGAUCACGAAAAUGCAAUAAAAUAAGCUGAUUAAGUGUUAUCUAUUGAUCAUAAAAAUGUUGAAGCAUUAUGUGCUAAGGGUAUUCAAAUUAAAUACAAUUACAUUAGCGUAUUGUUUAGCAAUGCUUGGAAAUUACAAAGAUUCAGUAACAUAAGCCGAUAAAGCUUUAUCAAAUUAUUCGGGGCAUGUUGAAUCACUCUAUAUAAAAGGUUCAAAAUCUUAGAUUAAAUAUUUUAGCUAAAGUUUUAGGAUUUCUUGAAGAAUACAAUAAGUCAAUUAAGUAUCUUGAUAACGCGUUAUCUAUCAAUUCAAAACAUGUUGAAUCCUUAUGUUUAAAAGGUACAAAAAUAAUUGAUAAUUUCUUUAGCUUAUUAUUUAGGAAUACUUGGCGAUUACAAUAAUUCAAUCACAUAUGCAGAAAAAGCAUUGUCUAUAUAUGCCGAGCAUGUGGAAUCGCUAUCUACAAAAUGUAAAUAACAUUCCUUAAAUUCAUAAGCUCGCAGUUUAAGAAUGCUUGAAAAGUACAAAGAAGCAAUCUAUUGGUCUGAUUAAGUGAUAUCUAUUAAUUCAAAGCACAUCGAAUCAUUAAGUUCAAAAGGUACAAAAUGUUAAUUUGGAAUUCAUUAGCAUAAUGUUUAAUGAUGAUUAGCUAUUAUGAUUUUGCGCUAAGUUAUGUCGAGAAAGCUUUGAUGAUAAAUCCAAAUCAUGUGAAAUCAUUGUACAUAAAAUGUAUAAAAGUUUUUUGAUAUAAAAGCUAAAUGCUUAAUGAUGGUUCAAAAAUACUAAGAAGCACUCUAACAGGUUGAGAAAGCCUUGAGUUUAAAUUCAUCGCAUAUUUAUUCAUUAAGUACAAAAGGUAUAGAAAUCAUAUUUAUAUGGAUCAGCAUGCAUUUUAAGAAUGAUAAAUAAAUAUUCAGAAGCAAUUGAAUGGGCUGAUUAAGCUCUUCAUAUUGAUUCAAAAUAUAUUGAACCAUUAUUUACAAAAGGUUUAAAAUAAAUAUAUACGAAUUAGCUCUAAGCUUAUUACGGCUUCGAAGAGACAAAGAGGCAAUCAAUGCUGCUGAUAAAAUUUUAUCGUUAAACCCAAAGCACAUUGAAUCAAUUUGUAUUAAGGGUAUAAAAACCAUAGAUAAUUUAGCUAAGAGUUUAAUGCAUCUUUCGAAUCAUAAAGAGGCAAUUAAAUGGGCCAAUAAAGCUUUAUAUAUAAAUGAGAACCAUAUUGAUUCACUGGUUAUAAAAGGUAUACUAAGAGUGAUAAAUGUAUUAGCUUAGAGUUUAGGAUUACUUGGAAAUUAUAAUGAUGCUUUUAAAUGUGUAGAUAAAGCUUUGUCAAUUAAUCCAAAUUUGAUACAUUUUAAAAGCAUUUUUUUUUAACAUAUUUAGGUAGUUCAUUAACAUCUUUGGGUUAAUUUAAUGAAACAACCCAAGUUUUCAACUAAGCUUUAAAACAAAAUGAUGAAGCAUUUUUACACAACAUAGGUAUUUCUAAUAUUAUUAUAUAGGAUAAUGCUUACUGAAGUUAUCAAGGGAUGAAGAGGCUAUAUCUUAUUUGGUUUAAGCUAUUUAGCUUGAUUCAAAUAGUGAAUGGAACUAGAGGGUAGGAGGUAAAAUUACAGCAUUACGUUUUUAGAAAUUUUUUAAUAAAAG